UUGUACGUCGGCGUGGUGGUUUGGCGCCAGCAAUUUCGCGGGGCAAGAGGAGCACAAGAGAAGAAGGAAGCUAAAAUAGUGACGACAAAGAGCUGGAGACAGACACCAGUAAGAGAACUGGGCUGUGGUGUUGUACUGGUUUGAAUGGUGUGUGUGUGUCGCUGCUGCUUCCUGCGCUUCGUCCUCAACUCCGAGCUCUGGAUACAGUGGAGGGUGAAGGCUGCUCCACAUAAAUCUCUCUGAGCCUCGAGGACGUGAGUAAUAAUGAUGGCGACCGCAGAGCCUUCAAGCAGCUCCAGCUUCCUUCCUCUGCUAGAGUCUCUGGAGGACAACGCUGCUGGACAGCCCGAGCAGACAGACGCCUACCUCACCAUCGCAAAUCGGCUCAGUGGAGAAGAGGGCCGACAGUUUCUCCCUGCAGUUGAAAAGCACUUUCCUCGUCUGGGUAAAGUCAUCUUGGCUCACAUCACCAGUCCGAACGCAGAGCUGAGCCAAGCUGCUCUGCAAGCUUUAGGAUUCUGUGUGUAUCAUUCUCACGUCGUCUCUGGAGUGCCUGAAACGUUUGCAGCAGAAAUCCUCUCAGCACUUUGCUCCCUGGUGGUGAAGUCGACAGAUAAGAACACAUGCACUAGAGCAUUAUGGGUCAUCUCCAAACAGAACUUUCCUCCAGAGGUGGUCGGCAAAAAGGUGCCGUCCAUACUGGGAACACUGGAGAGUGUGUGGAGCAGAGAGGACAUCCAGUCUGUGGUGAUGGAGCAUGAAGCCUUGAACGUUAUCAUCAGGAUGCUGGAGCAGGUCCCGGCCCAGAUGGGCGAUGGAGCGCUGCGGUGGGCGAAGCUCAUCAUCCCGUUGGUGGUCCACUCUGCCUCCAAGGUGCGUCUACGAGCCGCAGCAGCCAUGGAGAUGGGCAUGCCUCUGCUGCUGGAGAAACAGAUGGAGGUGGCUGCUAUCAUGGAGCCAAUGAUGUCCUCGAAACUGAUCCCAGAGCUGCAGAAGCUUUUCAUGUCCAAGAAUGAAACCAACGUCCUGAAGCUCUGGCCUUUAUUUGUGAAACUGCUCGGGAAGUUGCUGCACAGAGGAGGCCCCUUCAUCAACUCUCUGCUGCAUCUGGAGGAACUCGGUUUCCGCAGCUCCUCCCCGACCAUCAAGAAGAUCGCCUUCAUCGCCUGGAAGAGCCUCAUAGAUAACUUUGCCCUCAACCCAGACAUCCUAUGCAGCGCCAAACGUAUGAAGCUCCUGAUGCAGCCGCUCACAUCCAUCAACGUCAGGACGGAGGUCCUGCUGCUCACCAAGGUGGAGGUCUGGUGGUACCUGGUGGUCCAACUGGGGCCCAACCUGUCCCCCAACUUUGACCAGGUUUCUGUUCCUCUGCUCCAGUGCACCAUCGGCUCCGACGCCUCAUCAGUCCCGAGCACCCCCUCCAGAGCGGGCGCUCAGAAUGGUGCUGCCACACCCAGCACACCCAAGACUGCCACUCCAGGCUUCAACAGCACCGCCAGUUCGUCUCGGUUGAGCCUGAACUCCAGCGUCCAGGUCCCCACCUCCUUCCCCUCCAUCCAGCUGCUGGGCCUGGAGAUGCUGCUUCACUAUUUCCUGGGACCAGAGGUCAUCGCCGCAGCAGCAAAGAACAAACUCGUCCUGAGUCUUGAGCCCCUGAACCACCUGCUCCUCUCUGGUGCGCCCUCUUUCACUAAACACGCUGCUGUGCUGACGUCCAGUAUCAGAGAUGGAUUCAUCAACGUCGGCAAAGACGCAUCAGAUUCUCUUCUGGCCCUCACUUGGACGAAUCUUGUCCGGUUUGUCAACUUAACAAUAGAGUCUGUAGGCAGUAAGAAGGACCGUCAGGGUGGUGAAGUGCUGACGCUGAUGCUUCAGGCUCUGCAGAGCAUCGUCACCUCAGAAGCUCUGCCUGCAGACAAAGUCCUGAUUCUGUUCGAGGCCACGGUGAAAGGUAUUCCUCAGAGAGUUCUCGGCUCGGCCUCCUAUCAAGUGGGGAAGAUGGAUGUGCUGAAUGGAACGCCGGCUCUGUUCCUCAUCCUCCUGCUCUACAACAGCAGCAUGCUGGCAGCGUACAUAGAGGACGAGAGGUUUUUUCAGUGCCUUCAGACGCUGGUGAGCUGCGGUCUGUCGGGCCCCACUUCCCCUCUGGCGUUUGGGGAGGCGGUGCUGGGUGCUAUCGGACGCAGCGCUGCGUCUGUGCAGAACAAGGAGCAGCUGUGGAGGAUGUGGAGCGUGGUGGUCAGCUCGCUCACUGACACCAUCACACAGUCGAACGAGGUCAACCAAGGAGACGCUCUGGAGCACAACUUCAGCGCCAUGCACUCUGCACUGAUGUUCCCCGUCACACACCUGCUACAUGGCGCACCGUUACAGCAGGCGGCCCAGAAGUCGAUGCUGUCUUCGUGGUCGAAGCUGUACAAAGUGUUCGCCCGCUGCUCUGCGCUGGUGGUCACAGCUGAGGAGAACAUCUGCUGCGAGGAGCUCUGUGCAAAGAUGACAGCUGCAGUAGAGAAAGAUGCUCUGACGGUUCCUUCGACAUUAAACGUAGUUGCCAGUAUCCUCCAGGUUGUGGUGGAGUGUGUGGACUUCUCCCCGUACACGCCUCACUUUCAGCAGAAGCUCAAGUCUCCUCACACUCCAGUAAACUGGAUGAAAAAGAGGAACAAGGUCCUGGGGAAUCUGUCCACCUUCCAGUCCCUGCUGGUCCAAUGUCUGGAGGUUUAUCUGGAGGCGCCGGAGGCCUCGUCUGAAGCCACAGGACUCGCCCUGGUCUCCAUCCUGUCUGCUCUCUUCUCCAAUCUCGUUCUCGCCAACACUGUCAAGGAAGCUCUGACGUCUCUGAUCCAACCUCUCACCCUCUUCUACAAACAAGCAGCCAGCGAAACGUCAAAAUUCUCCUCACAGCUCCUGGGAAAGUUGGAGAAGCUUCUCAGUGACGUUCUCGGCUGCCUGCAGACCCGCUCCACUCUGGCGUACAACGACGAGCUGCUGGCUCUGCUUUCUCCUCUGCUCUGUGUGUUGUUUCCUCACAAGAGCAAGCACCUCCGCACCUCCGUCACCCAGUUCUGGAACUCCACCUUCGCCAACUCAGUCAGCCUCACUUACCCCGAAGAGAUCAGACCAAUACUGAGCCAAGUGAAACUUAACACCCCGAUCAUCCUUCCUAGCUUCGAGGCUGUCAGUGUUCCUGAUGAGCUCAGUGGACAAUACUCAAGUGAGAGUUCCCAGUUGGAGACGAAUCUCAGCGGGAUGCCGGUGUCAUCUGUGGGGAAGAGGGACUCUCUGCUGGGAAAAGCUGCUGAGCUGAAGGACAGGAGCUCCACCAAGACGUCCAAGCCAGUUGCUACAAAGCUGGACUUCGGCUCUCCAAAGCCUCCUCGCAGAGAAGUUUUGGAGGAAGAAGCCUCCAUCGACUUUGUCUUCAUUCCUCCUGAGACGAAGGAGCGCGUUCUGACGGAGCACCAGAAGGAGGUGAAGAGGACUAAAAGGGUGGACAUCCCCGCCAUGUACAACAACCUUGAUGCUUCUCUGGAUACGACAGUUUUCACCCAGUACACACAGAGCCAAGAAGACUCUCAAGACAACGUGGCAACCCAACAAGCUGGCAAGGUCACCACAGAGGCUCCUGAAAAGGUUCCUCAGGAAGAUGUGGAAAAAGAGAGAGACUCUGAAGUUCUAACAAAAGACACUCAAGACUAUGCCAGCCCAAAAACGGUAGAGAACAUUCCAGAAAACCAGGAGCAGGAAAAGGUGAUCCCUGAGUCAGCAGACGUUUCGAUGGAGGAUGAUGUCAAGAGUGACAAUAGAUCAGAAGACUUGGAAAUGCAGUCUAAAGAAGGCACCAGUCCUAACAUCUCUGGCUCUUCAGAUUUAAUCUCAGGGACUCCCCAGAAACCCAAUAGUCGGCGUCAGUCCUUUAUCACACUGGAGACCUAUGCUGAGGGAAAACCUGCCAGUCCAAGCAGUGCGUCUACAUUCACAGGUCCCCUCUUAAAGACCUCCAACAGCCAAGAACGCUCUAAAACCAACAGGAAAUCGUCCUCUCGGGCUUCCCGGACAUCCACUGGUCCAAACUCUCAGGACUCACAGUCCUCUCAGACAGGAAAAACAAACUCACAAUGUCCUUCGAUAGAUGCCCUUGAGUCCCCUGUAAGGCCAAAAGACUCUGGGAUAAGAAGUGAGCCAGUAAGACUAACUGAGAGACUGCCCAGUGACCCAACAGAGGAUGAAGAUGUUAUCCCGGACACCCAGACUGAACUGGAGUCCAAGGAAAGUACAAAACUGGCUUCCUCAGUGGAAAUGAAGCUGUCAAGCCAGGAAGAGGAGUGUGAGCAGAGUCUGGAUGAUUCUCAGUUGUCCCAGACUUCUCCAGGCGAACCCAGGCGGUCUGGACGCAACAGAGUCAAACCCCUAUUGCCUGGAGAGGACCCUGAGGAACGGGAAGAAAAGUACAAUGUGGUGAAAAGGAGGCGUUCUGGAGAGGAACCUAAAAGUGAUUCUCCACAGCUGAGCUCAAUGGCAAGUAAACCAAACACUAGAGGUAAGCUGGCUGCUGAGGAGGAGAGUAGCAGAAUACGAACAAGGGCUCGGAGUGACAAGAGCGAGUCGAGCCAGACCAACUCUCAGGGUAGAGCGCACAAGAAGAUCAGACUGUACAGCAACUCACAGGAAUUCCUUGAUAAACCUGAACUCAGAAGGAGAAGCGCCAGAGAGUCCAGCCAGACUGACUCGCAGUCAAGCAUGCAGUCUGAUCAUGAAAGCCAGUCAAAGGGUCGGCAGAGACGGCAGAGCAAGGUGUCAGUGGAGAACAAGGAGGAGGGUGGAAUGAAGACAAAGGUGUUGCCUGAAAAGGAGGAAUCCAGCCAAACUGCCAAAAAUGAGCGAGUGAAACAAGCCGAAAAGGAGGAUGAUAUGCCAAAAAGAGAUUCUCAAAUGAUCACUUUGUCCCCUCAAACUGGUAGCAGAUCCCAAGAGGUUGAGAUUAUAGAACAGGCUGAUGCCGAUAAACUGAAGGAAGAUUCUCAAAUGAUCACUCCUUCCCCUCAAACUGGCAGCAGAUCCCAAGAGGUUGAGAUUGUAGAACAGGCUGAAAAAGGUGCCAAUAAGCUGAAGGAAGAUUCUCAAACAAUCACUCCUUCCCCUCAAACUGGUGGCAAAUCCCAAAAGGUUGAGAUUAUAGAACAGGCUGAUGCCGAUAAACUGAAGGAAGAUUCUCAAAUGAUCACUCCUUCCCCUCAAACUGGCAGCAGAUCCCAAGAGGUUGAGAUUGUAGAACAGGCUGAUGCCGAUAAAUUGAAAGAAGAUUCUCAAACAGUCACUCCUUCACCUCAAACUGGUAGCAAAUCCCAAGAGGUUGAGAUUGUAGAACAGGCUGAUGCCGAUAAAUUGAAAGAAGAUUCUCAAACAGUCACUCCUUCAACUCAAACUAGUGGCAAAUCCCAAAAGGUUGAGAUUAUAGAACAGGCUGAAAAAGACUCUGAUAAGAUGAAGAAAGCUUCUCAAAUUAUCUCUUCUUCUCCUCAAAGUGUUGGCCAAUCCCAAGAAGUUGAACUUGUAGAAAAGACCAACGAGGAAAAGAGAGAUUCUCAGAUAGCCACUUCUUUGACAAAUGACAGUUCCCAAGGUAGAAACACACCAGUCAAGUUGGCAAAUGAAUCAGGGGUCAAAGACGAACACAAGACAAGUGAAGAAACUUAUGACAUCCUUAGCCAAGAGGGUUCUCAAGGUAUCACACCUUCAUCCUCUGAUAGCCAGACUCGACGUAGAUCCAGAAGAAGCAAGGCAUCAUCUGAGGCAGAGUCUGAAGAUAAAGGUGAAAAUAAAGACUCAUUAGGAAGGACCAGGUCUCAUUCGCAGGCAGCCUCGUCAGCUGCUGGUCAGGCAGAGGCUAGAGUUAGAGGUAGGCCCAGAAGGAGCAAGGUACAAGAGGAGCUUUCUCAGUCAAGUCCUAGCAAGACCCCAGAGAGUUCUCAGUCAUUAGAUGCUGCAGGAUCAUCAGAGUCCUCCCAAGGCAAGGGCAGAUACUCGAGACGAAGAUCCUCCCAAGCGUUAGUAUCCAGCGUAGAGUCCUCGGAGUCUGAAUCCUCAGAGGCCAAAGAAAAUUCCCAAGUGCCCAAAAAGAGAGGCAGGAAACCUCGAGCGUCUCUUCCAAGUCCUCUCACCAUUGACCCUAAAGAUGGCAAAAUUAAAAUAGUAAAGGAUGAUUCUGAUUCUUCUCAAAAGGCAGAUUCACAAAGCAUAGAAGCUGAAACAGAUUUAGAGGAUUCACAGUUAACCCAAGAUUUGCAGGCUUCUGAAUUGCUCCAGGUUACGCCCAACACUGAGAAGCAAAGUAAGGAAGAAUCGCCAAUGGAGGUAGACGUAGAGAAAACUGAGACCGACAACCGUAUAAUGAGCGACUCGUCCAGUGAGUCACCUCAUAAGGAAGAAAAAGACUCAAACAUUGAGAACACCUCUUGUCAGAAAAGUGACACUGGGGACUCUGCUGAAAUGCUUGAAUCCGUUGGGAUUAGUACUGAACAGACUCAGGAAAAGUUGCCCUCUGACACAUCUGUUCAGGGCACAACGGCGACUCCUGCUGAGACAACAAAGACACUGCAGGCUUCAGAGUCUCUAGUUGAGAAAGCUGAAGAAGUUUCAGAGUCUGCCGACAAUGUUACAGAAAAACGAAGUGACAAUUUAGAUUCAAACCACCAAGAACAUCCGCUUGAUCCAGUGGAGGACACAGCUGAGGACAGUCACAGUACCUCCUCUGGACAAGACCACACUGAGCGUCCAAAUGUCGUAGAUGAUUUUUCAGAGGAGGACAAACAGUCUGCCUCCAACCUCGAUGGCGAAUCAACAAACCAGCACACAGAGACCAAUGCCGGUGAUGACGUCACACCUCUACAGGAAAGUGAUAAAGAUGACAAAUCCCAGACUGCAGAGUGUCAGGACGAAGAGGAAACUCAGACCGCCAACACUGAGAGCAGUGUCGUCGCAAAUUUGGAUUCUGCUCUGGCUGAUGUGUCAGAUGCCUCUGGUUUAUCAGAACCGACAAGCAACAAUGUUUUGCUGGAUUCUCCAGCGAAGCUAAAGGACUUGGAGGCUUUAACGGGGGCAGAUGUCGGCCAAAGCCCCAGCAGUGGCAGGACCAAGGGAACCUGGUCUCCCUCAGCGUCCCCAUCGACCAGUAUUCUGAAGAAAGGCCUGAAGAGACCACUUGAGGAGGAGACCCCCUCACCUCUUGUCAAAUCCAGACGUGUGUCUUUUGCGGAUCCGAUCCAACAUCAGGAAGUGGCAGACGACAUUGAUCGUCGCAGCCCUGCAAUCAGAACCAGCUCCCCAAGAAGAUCCAAGGGUAGUGGUAUCCCACAGCCGAAGCAUGUCACUACUCCAACAAAGGGCCUGCUGAUCUUCAGUCCCAGAAAUCUGCACAGUCCAGGUUACAAGAGCUCCAAGAAAUGCCUGAUUUCUGAAAUGAGCCAGGAGCCACGGCCCGUCUCCAGAGACUGUAUCUACCCUGCUCUGGUUGGCUGCUCCACACCUGUAGAAGCUGUGCUGCCUCAGAUUUCCUCCAACAUGUGGUCUCGUGGUUUCGGGCAGCUGGUUCGAGCCAGAAACAUCAAAACAGUCGGUGACCUCAGUGCUCUUACUCCCAGUGAAAUCAAGACUCUGCCAAUUCGCUCACCUAAGAUCUCUAAUGUCAAAAAGGCGCUUAAAAUCUAUGAACAACAGCGUAAAGGACGAGGUGGUGAUGAGUUGAAGAGUUUUGAUGAAACAGAGAUGAUGACGUCUGAACUGGAGGAGACCAGUGCUCCUCACAACCAGGACGAAGAAGAUAAGACCUCAGGAGAGACACUAGCGAUGGCGCUGAUGGACGAGCCUGUCCCUGCAGAUGGGAGGCCGGAGCAGGACGGCUCCAGGAAUGAGACGCCUGACACGCCGGCCGGAGAGCAGAGAGCUGACGGACCGCUGCAGUCAGAGGUGGAGGCGCUCAGCGGCAGGAUGACGCCACUAGAACUCAGUUACUGCUCCCCGCAGCAGCUCGUCCAGAUUCACGAUCAGCUGGGAGGCAUGAUGAGGCGCGUGGUCGUGGAGCUGGAGACACGUCUCUGCCAGACGGAAGGAAAACCCUGAAGAGACGACGCUUGUGCUGAUCAGACGGAUACACAGGUGUUACAGGAACGUGCAGAGACCUCAGCCUCGUCUCGCCUCAGAUUUUUCUUUACUUAAGGUGUUUUUAAUAAAUGCUAGCAGCACUUAUUUUCCAUCUGUAGCUCCAGCUGUUGGAUAGUUUAUUUGAUUUUAAGAAACACACAAAGGGAAGCACAGUCACACUAUUUACUACGAUUUCUAAACUGUGUGAAAAGACAAUUUUAGUAGUUGUGUUCUGGACAUGGACAGUAUUUUCCUACGGUCCUAUAGACUGUUAAAAAGGGCGGACGUACGGCUACGGAUGUAGAAGAAAAAUGUUUCUCUCCACAGGCUGUUCCACUUUUGUACAUAUGCUUUGUCUCAUGUGGUUUAAAUUCUCCAUGUGCCUGUUUUUAGGUUGUUUACGAUCAUCAGUGCUCUUGUACAUUUUGUAGGAUUUUUUUUAGUUUUAAAUCUUUUCUGUCCUUUCACUUUAACAUCUUACUGCAUUUUUAAAGUCCUGACUAUAGGUGGUAGUGGACAGUCUGCACUCGGUGUGGUUUUAAAUACUUCAAUAAAAGACAGAACUUUUAA